CCCCCCCGCGGGCGGCGGCGCGAUGGUGUGGGCCGGCCGGGGAGUUGCAGGCUCCGGGUUUGAACCUGCCAACUUCUCCAGCGGGCAGGGGCAAGCGCCAGGGCGGCGGCGAGGGCGAGUGCCACGGAGAGCUGACACCAUGGUUCAGCAGGUGCUCUACCGAGCGCUGGUCUCCACCAGGUGGCUGGCGGAGUCCGUCCGGGCUGGCAAGCUGGGCCCUGGCCUUCGGGUGCUGGAUGCGUCCUGGUACUCGCCGGGCACCCGCGAGGCCCGCAAGGAAUACCUGGAGCGCCAUGUGCCCGGCGCCUCCUUCUUUGACAUAGAGGAGUGUCGGGACAAGGCCUCGCCCUACGAGGUGAUGCUGCCCAGCGAGGCGGGCUUCGCCGACUACGUGGGCAGUCUGGGCAUCAGCAACGACACGCAUGUGGUGGUGUACGAUGGUGACGACCUGGGCAGCUUCUAUGCGCCGCGGGUCUGGUGGAUGUUCCGUGUGUUUGGCCACCGCACCGUGUCCGUGCUCAAUGGUGGCUUCCGGAACUGGCUGAAGGAGGGCCACCCAGUGACAUCUGAGCCCUCACGCCCAGAGCCAGCCGUCUUUAAAGCCACGCUGAACCGCUCCCUGCUCAAGACCUACGAGCAGGUGCUGGAGAACCUAGAAUCAAAGAGGUUCCAGCUGGUGGAUUCACGGGCCCAAGGGCGAUACCUGGGCACACAGCCGGAGCCAGAUGCAGUAGGACUGGACUCAGGUCACAUCCAAGGCUCAGUCAACAUGCCUUUCAUGGACUUCCUGACAGAGGAUGGCUUUGAAAAGAGCCCGGAGGAGCUCCGUGCCAUGUUCGAGGCCAAGAAGGUGGACCUCGCAAAGCCCCUCAUUGCCACAUGCCGGAAGGGUGUCACUGCCUGCCACAUUGCCCUGGCCGCUUACCUCUGUGGCAAGCCCGAUGUGGCCAUCUACGAUGGCUCCUGGUUUGAGUGGUUCCAUCGGGCCCCCCCGGAGACCCGGGUGUCCCAGGGGAAGGGUGGGAAGGCCUGAGUGGUGGCCUCUUCUCCCCUUGCCCACAACUCCUGCCGGUGGAGUGAUCCGGCAUGGCCUGCAGCUAAUCUUUUCCUCCUCAGCCAGGGAAAAGACAAGUUUUUAGAAUUAAUGUGUAGAGUGCUCCUUUCCCCAACAACACUGGAAUAAACUUGGCCUUUUCAAGUA